ACUAUUUGUAAAAGGUUCCCUGUGCAAGCAAAAGUAAAGAGGAAUGCCAAGCUUUUCAAUACUAAGAUAUGGAAACAAUUUGUGAAAUCUGUCCUACUACCUUACUACAAAGAAAUACCUUGUAAGAGGUAUUCAACAACUGUUAACACCCUCUUUCCACUACAUGCUGCGACCACUAAAUGACCAAAUAUUCUACAGGUCACUUAACAAAUUUCAUACAUAACAAACUCAAUUUCUUCAUGUUUUGUGUGUUUUUUGUCAUUUUUAAUCCUGGUUAAUAUUUCCAUUAUAAAAUCAACAGUCACAUAAAUGCUAUUUUAGUUGCUCAAAAAUCACCAUUCAGUGGAAAGGGGACCUAAAUGAGCCCUUGCUACAGUUUUUGCACUUUGACAAUAGGUCACCAAAGAAGGGCCCUUCAGGGUCCAUUUCCUUGAACUAAGUGCGUGUGAAAGCCUCUUUGGUAGGUGAAACAUUUGGCACCAUGUACGUCAUUAUCUGUGUGCGUUGGAACAUGGAGAAGUUAGCAGGUGCAAAUAUUUACCAGCGGUCACACGCACAUCAAUGCAGCAAAGAAACACGUAGUAACUGAGUUACCCAGUGGGUUUUGACUUCUCCCUGCUUCUAAUAACAAAAUGUAACAUUUGCGAGGGCUUUAAUAGAUGCGGAGAAGUGCCAACAUUACAUCAUGGGGGCUUACAAGUACACCACUCACCAAGGUAAGCACAGUUCUUGAGAGUGUUUUGGAUUGACUGGGAGAACUCUGAAUGUAGUUGGCAGGUUGCAGUGAAUGCGUUGCUGUAGCUUUGUAGUGGCAUUGAUUGAUUUUUUCUAACACUCACGUACGUGUUGUGUAAUGGUCUAAAAAAAGGAUUUCCUGUUUCCUGUGUGAAAUUGUUACAUUUCUGGUACGAUUUUCUUGUUGCAGUUGGUCCAAUAGGCAUGGGGCACCAGCGUUGGAUUUGUAACAGCAUUUUACAACCAAGGAUCCUGGAAAAAGCCAGAAAGCAUGAAAUAGCAAUAAGACUACCAAAGAUUUCCUCAUUAGAGGAUUCUGAGUACAGCAUACCAGCACCUGCAACAAGUGCACCCUGCAACACACCCGAGGUCUGCUACCUCCCACCUGUUCCAGGUGCUUCACAUGCCACCUGCAAGUGUCCUGACAGAACAGACUUCAAAUUCAAGUAUAGACGAUACAACAAACAUGAUACAACACCUGCACCUGCAACAACUGCACCCUGCAACACACCCGAGGUCUGCUACCUCCCACCUGUUCCAGGUGCUUUACCCACCACCUGCAAGUGUCCUGAAAGAAUAGACUUCAAGUUCAAAUAUAAAAGGUACAGCAACAAGCAUGAUGAUACGUGGGGAAACCAUACCGUUGUCAGUCGGGUUGAUAUCGGAAAACAUCUUUCAGAGGAUGCCACACAGAUAUUGGAACAUCAAAAUGACACCGACUGCACUACACGACGUUCUAGAAAGAAACGACAAAAUUAUCGCAAAUUUGGCAUUCGUAGGGAUAGAACUGAACCGUCGUAUCCUGACAAUGGACAAUCAUUAGAAAAUAUCGAGGAUGUUCGAAAAUGUCUCCAAAAUAAGCAGGAAUCAGUUAAGAAAGAAGCAAAGCGUGCCAAAGUUAUGAUCAUCAUUCCAUGUGGGACAGCAAAAGAAGACUCACCAAAUGAUAUUAAGGAUGAUGCAGAUGAAAACACAUCAUCAGAAAACAUGACCAAAGACCAGAAAACAUUCCAGUCUAGCAUGGCAACCAAACUGCCUCCAAUUAAGAAUUCCUGCAGGAAGAAAACAUUGAUGGAAUUACCCAGAAUUCCCGUGGGAGAGGACGACCUAGCGAUGUCCAUGGCGAGACAGUCUGCAGUUACCUGUCUGAAGGAUGAGACACAACUUGAGUCGUCGGGAAGUCACAGAUACAGAACUGACAACAGAACUGCUGGCGAUAAGCUGUCUUUACCAACCAUUUCUUUUGUUCAUACUCAAAAUAUUCUUUUUACAUAUCCUACUUAGACACUUGAUAUC